GCUUCGGCUUCACCGUCUCUCUCGGUCUCUCGUGCUCGCUCGCGGUUCUUGAGUCUUGACUUCAUCGGAACGAAGCUCGUCGCCUGCCGGGAGGGAGGAAGGGAGGGAUGGAUCCCGAAUGACCAGAAUUUCCGCUCUGCUUCCGGUGUCAGAUGGCAUGACCUCUUUCCGGCCCAUCUCUCACGUUCUCCCCGCAGACGGCAAUCAUCGUUUUUUGCGCUGAGAGCCGAGCAUUCGGGGCAAGGUGUCGACAGGGGAAAGAGACUGACUAAAUUCGGAGCUAUUCAAUUCGGUGGCAGAAAGAAGUCGGUCCUGUCGAGUCGAGUCGAGCUGAGUUGAGUUGAGCGGGGAGGGAUGAUGGGCAUAUGCUGCUGCGCCUUCUCUCCAGCUGCGGACUCGAGCAUGUUGCUUCGUGAGGAUCUCGCUCUGGAAGGAAUGCUGUUUUCAGGGAAUGUCGAAGGGAUCUCCAAUGUUUUGAUCGACAAGGCCGUGCAUGGGAAGGGGAAGGAGGGUCUGGGUUUUUGACAUAGGACAUCGAAAUUGCCGCAGCAGCGCAGUUUCGGGAUGGGAUGGAUGGACUGGGAUGGCAAGGCAAGGCAAGGCAACUCAUGAUGCAUGGAGCUCGAGUACAGAAUAUCAUUCCGCGAUAGAGACUCUGCGAAUAACUCAGCUGGAUUGCGUCUGAGGACAGGUUUCAUAUAAACAUAAAGGUUCGACGAGACAAUUUCGAACAGGCAGGGGAGCAUCCGCGUGGGCACGUAUUUCUUCGAAGGUUUGAGGAUAUCAAGACAUAUUUGUCCCGUGACAGACACAGGAAGAAACCAGAGCGUGAUUUUUCACGAAUACGAGGAGCAUUGUGAAGGACGGAGGGUUGACCAGGAGAGGCCAGCAUGCUGCUGUGAUUCGGUGUGACACCAGCAUUGUUGGAAUAACCGGAAGGGCAGGGCAGGGGAGAUCACGAUGCCUCAAACCGUGCCCCCAUCAGCGAGCAGGGCUCGGGUGAAAGAAAAGCUGCAGACGUCGGAGCAGACACCGAGAAUCGGCGUCGGGGGCGACAGAGGAAUGGAUCCCAUGCAGGUGAUACAGGAAGGAAGGCCGAUGACGCGGUCGCAGUCGAGGAUCAGAGAAAAGUAUGCGCCAUUCUCGCAGGAUAAAUCCUGCACGGGCAUGAAGGACAUGAACCGGGCUCCGUUCGCGCUUCAGCUGGAGAAGUCGAUGACGAAGUCCAGCCAUGCGAGCGUGAGCCUGCUGACCCCGAGGGUGAAGCACUCGCAGGAAAACCACCAGCAGCAGCAGCAGCAGCAGAUGAAAUCAGCAGCAGCAGCAGGAGCAGGAGGAGGAGGAGGAGGCAGGCGGAGUUCUCUGGCUGAGCAGAAGGUGUAUCUGACGGACGGGGACCACGGCCGGGGCUCGCCCAUGGACGUUGACCUCGUGACGCCCAAGGUGAGCCAUCUGAGCUCAACGGUUCUGGGCGUGUACAACAGGGUCAAGGAGAAUGAACGCGGAGGCGCUCGAAAUGCCGAGACCUCAACGUCUGCGACAUGCACAGCGCGCGCCCGCGUGAGCUACGCGUCGGGCUUGAAGCCUGCUGUUGUGGCCAGUGAGCCGCUCUCGUUGAUGAAAUCCGGCCUGAGGACGGCUGGUUUGAGGGCUAGGCAAGUGCACGAGGACAUGGAGCGCGGAGGAGACGAAGGAGGUGGAACGAGAAUCAUGGUCUACGUCCGCUUGCGCCCCAUGUCGAAGAAGGAAAAAGAGGCUGGAGCCCGGAGCUGUGUGAAGAUUGACAACAAGCGUGAUGUUUAUCUCACCGAGAUGGCCCUCGAAACAGACUACCUGAGGCUGAAAAGGCUCCGUGGCCGCCAUUUUGCUUUCGACGCUGCUUUUCCGGAUAAUACUUCUCAGCAGGAGGUUUAUCAGACGAGUGCUGCGGAACUCGUGGAGGGGGUGCUUGAUGGAAGGAAUGCAUCGGUUUUUUGUUACGGGGCAACAGGAGCAGGGAAAACGCACACCAUGCUCGGGACUGUGCAGCAACCAGGCGUGAUGGUGCUAGCAUUGAAGGACUUGUUUACCAAAUUGAAACAGAGGAGUCCGGAGGGUGAGCAUGUCGUGCGGCUUUCUUACUUAGAGGUCUACAACGAGAGUGUGCGCGACUUGCUCUCGCCUGGUCGGCCCCUGGUGCUACGUGAAGACGCUCGACAGGGGACUAUUGCAGCUGGUCUCACCCAGUACCAGGCCUUUUCUGCCGACGAGGUUAUGACGCUACUGCACAAGGGAAAUACGAAUCGCCAAACAGAGCCCACUAGAGCCAAUGAAACUUCGUCGAGGUCUCAUGCCAUCUUGCAGGUUGUGGUGGAGUACUCAGUGCAUCAAGACUUUGGAAAAGCUACUAGACUCGGCAAGCUUUCUCUGAUAGAUUUGGCCGGAUCAGAGCGCGCCUUAGCGACUGAUCAGAGAACUUUGAGGUCCGUGGAAGGCGCUAACAUCAAUCGAUCUCUUCUGGCGUUGAGCAGUUGCAUCAAUGCCCUCGUGGAAGGGAAGAAACACAUUCCUUUCCGAAACUCAAAACUUACUCAACUUCUCAAGGAUUCCUUGGGAGGUGCAUGUUCAACUGCCAUGAUUGCAAAUGUGAGUCCCAGUAAUGGAUCUUUCGGAGAAACUCAAAACACGCUUCAUUGGGCUGAUCGUGCUAAGGAGAUCAAAACGAAGGGAAGUGAAGUGAAUGACGAGCUACAGUUGCCGGAAGAUCAAGACGAGAAGACGAAGUUGCUGAUGCAAAUACAGAAAGAGAACCAGAUGUUGCGGUUGCAGUUGGCACGAUUGGAGAGAACGUUUUUAGCGAAUCAAAACUGUGGUACUCCGGCAGCAAUAGGUUCAACACCUUUCACCCCUGCCAUGCCAUCGGAAAGAAAUCCACUGGACUCUUUGGCACCGUCAGAGACCCUGGCGAGAAGGGGAGAACAGAAAACUAUGGCAGAGAAGAAGAUUUGGGAGCUACAAAGGACUGUUGAGUUGCUAGAGAUGGAGGCAGAGAAAACAAGAAGGGAUGGCGCGCUGAGAGAGGAGAAGAUGAAUGCAUCGAUCAUGGCUCUCACACACGAGCAUACUCUGCAGUUGAAGCGGAAGGAUGAGUUCAUCCGCAACCUGUGUAACUCUCUAAACAUGGUAGAAAGCCCAGGUGUACAGAAAGUUGCUGCCAGUCCAAUCAAGUGUCUGGAGAAGAUACUCAGCCAACGGGCGACCGUGGCAAAGGAAAAGGCUGCUGAGAAAGCUGACAAAGUCUCAGCUACCGCCGAGAAAGCACGUCGCUAUGUCACUCCUAAAGGUGCCACUAAGGCCUGCCCUCUGCCUCCAUCAUGUGCCCGUUCUGCUCUGCAAAAAGCGGACCAGAAAACUACAACGGUGGUCACUCGAAGAAUGACAAGAAGCUCUCAGCAGACUCCUCAGUCUCCAUCAGCUAAUUUGCCAAAGACUCCACCUCUUCCACGUUUCUUCUCUCCUUCUAAAGCGGAAGAGCAGUUCGCAAGCUGCAGGAAGAGAACAUUCUGGGACAUCACCAACAGCCCAAACAGCCACAUGAGGUCUCCACGAUUGAGCAUGGGAGGCGGAACUUCACUUCUCCGACAGCCCGGUUUCGCACGCCGGAGAACAUCUCCAGAGCAAGAUUAGGGGAUGAAGCUCACAAAAUUGGAAAUAAAUCAGCUGAUCUGAUGCCUCCACGACUGUUGUGGUCGCUCACAUGAGGUAAUUUGCAAGACGUUUUGCGACUUAGGUGGCAUCCUCGAGGCCGUGAGUUACAUUCCUAUUGAUCGACCCCCCAUACUUGAACUUUAUGGCAGUUCGCUAUUUUACAGUUCACGACCAUGAGAGAUCCGUGUACAAUUCUUGUAAAGUAAAACGAUGAACCUAUUUGCUGCAAAACCAGAGGACAUUCUGGUGGUACUGUAGGGAGGUUGGAAGUACAGUUCAUGAUUAUGAAGGUAUUUUGCAGCUCGUAUGAUACUGCGAAUAGUUCCAGUAAGAACAUAAUUGUUGGGACCCAAAAGCAGGCGGAGUGGGAGGAACGCUGGUGGAAACCGCGGCGAUACUGUUGUGCAAACGGUUCAUGACACUUCGGUGUCAUGCAAAUAAGUAUUAAUCAAAUUAUCUGCUGCCUAUGUUUGAAGGUACGGAAAGAGCUGCUUCAAAUUGGCUCAUUUAACCAUUUAUUUUAGUCUCACAUAUGAGAAAUUGUCACAUUAACAUUUUUCUCAAUCAAGAGGCACAGUCGGCUGCCAAUUUUGG